GACGGCCGCCCUGCACAGGGCUGGACACGCUUGGCUCCCAACUGAGACUGGAGCCGAGAUCACAUCGGACCCUCGGGCGCCCCCCGCAAAAGAGACCCUUGCUUUGCCUGGCAGCCCCCGGAGAGGCUGAGAGGCCACCAUGGCAGGAUCCCUUCUCUUGCCCCUGCAGAUCCUACUACUGACCUUAAUCCUGGGAUCUGCUGGCCAAGAAGGUGACAAGAGUGGGGAGAAGAUUAUUGAUGGAGUCCCAUGUCCAAGAGGCUCCCAACCCUGGCAGGUGGCCCUGCUCAGAGGCAAUCAGCUCCACUGUGGAGGUGUGCUGCUCAAUGAACAGUGGGUGCUCACUGCUGCCCACUGCAUGAUGAAUGAAUACAACGUGCACAUGGGCAGUCAUCAGCUGGGUGAUAAUAGAGCUCAGAAGAUCCGGGCCACAAGGUCAUUCCUCCACCCUGGGUACUCCACUCAGACCCACGUUAAUGACCUCAUGCUCGUGAAGCUAAGUAGACGAGCCAGGCUAUCAUCGAGUGUGAGGAAAGUCAAGCUGCCCUCCCGCUGUGAACCCCCUGGGACCACAUGCACCGUUUCUGGCUGGGGCACCACCACCAGCCCUGAUGUGACCUUUCCAUCAGAGCUCAUGUGCACGGAUGUCAAGCUCAUCUCCUCCCAGGAUUGCAAGAAGAUUUACAAGGACCUACUGGGAAAAUCCAUGCUCUGUGCUGGCAUCCCCAACUCCAAGACCAACGCCUGCAAUGGUGACUCAGGGGGACCACUGAUGUGCAAAGGUACCCUGCAAGGCCUGGUGUCCUGGGGAACUUUCCCUUGUGGCCAACCCAAUGACCCAGGUGUCUACACCCAAGUCUGCAAGUAUGUCAAAUGGAUAAAUGAGACCAUGAGAGAGCAUUGUUAAUCUCUGCAUACUUCCCAUCUCUCCAUCCAUACGCCCUCAACAAGAAAUUCAGAGAAAUAAGGACGUGAUGAACUGUAGUCAUAUUUGACUUUACCUUUCCUCAAAGACGUAUUAAAACCUCAACAAUACACCACAUAUGUAAACCAAUCAAGUUAGCAAAGACCUAAAACCAGCAUGAAACACAAAAACCUCAGUGCUGGUAAAGACACAGUGAGACCAACACUCUCAACCUGUGGAAUUGUAAAUCAUGCCAUUUUUAUGGAAGGCAGUUUGGCAUGGUGGAUUGAGACCCUUAUUUACCAGGUCGUUGACGCUGUGAUUCUAGUUGAGGAAGAUAAACUACUCAAAAAAUAAAUAAAUAAAUAAAUAAAUAAAUAAAUAA